CGCAAAGGAUAUGACUCCCUUGGCUACAGUGGAGCGAAGCGGGUUUAAACACCUCGUUAAAACUCUCGACAGAAGAUACACUGUGCCAUCGCGAUCACAUUUUUCUAAAACUGCACUGCCAAACAUGUACAAGACAUGUUGUAAAAAUGUAGCUGCUGAACUGAAAAAUGUUCAACACUUUGCAGCCACAUCUGAUCUCUGGUCAAGUAGGACGAUGGACCCAUUCUUGAGCCUUACUUUGCACUACAUUGACGACGAUUGGAAGCUGCGCCAGAGAUGCCUUGAGACGGCAUAUUUUCCAGCCGAUCACACGGCAGAUAUGAUUGCGCAAGGUCUGAAAGAUAUGCUUUCUGAAUGGGACCUCGCGGAAGAAAAACUUUCAGCCAUUACGACAGACAACGAAGCAGAGAUGAGCAGCUAUUUGGUGUCCCCCAUGCUGGAUAGUGAGGCAAAUCCACUCGACUGGUGGAGGAAGCAUCAUGUACACUUUCCCACUCUAAGUAAGGUGGCAAAAAAGUAUCUCUGCAUACCAGCUGCUAGCUCCCCAUCAGAGCGGGUUUUCAGUUCGGGCGGAAAUAUUGUUACAUGCCUCAGGUCCUGCCUGAAACCUGAAAAGGUUAACAUGCUCGUGUUUCUUAGUAAGAACUUAGAGUAAAUUCAUGUUCAUAUAGUGACAUGACAAGAUCGCUAAGAUCACCUCAUGCAACAGUGUUUAGAGAGUUCUAUUUUCAUUACAACAAUCUGUUGUUUACAUUGAUACAUUGCACAUUAAAAUAUUUGUUUACAGAAGAUGCAAGAAAUGCACUGUUUAAAAUAUUAUUUACAGGAUAUAUAAGAGUUAUUUUAUUUAGAAGAGAUACUGCUUAUUUUCUACUUUUAAUAAGAAAAACAUUGAAAAUAAUUUAUUUUGUUUCCAAAAGUGCAAGUUAUUUAUUUUUACUUUUUUUAUAAGAACAAAGUGACUGUUCGUUUUAGGCAAUGUGUGCUUUAAUUUCAGUUGUUCAACAUUGAUGUUCAAUAAAUAAUCACAGAUAGUA